AUGUCGACAAAUAGUCAUCAGCAAGAGGGAAAUUAUCCAUCUCUUCCUCCUGCUUUGCUAGCAAAGUUGCAAAAACGAGGGAUCAUCAACCAAAAAAAAGAAGAAGAAGAGAAUACUUCACAACAGCCACAACAACAUCAUCAGCAUCCUCAACGACAGGAGCAAUUUCAGACCACCAAUCCAAAUUUACAUCAUCUACCUCCACCGUGGCAAAUGCUCCAUGAUGCCAAUUCUGGCUGUCCCUAUUAUUGGAAUACUGCUACCAACGAAGUCUCCUGGACUUUACCAAAAGAAUUGGACUCAAGUCUACUACCAUCAACUCCACCUCAGCCAACUCUAGCCACGCCAAUUCCAACUCAUGAAGCACUUGGUCAUGAUCCUAACUACACUUUCAAGAUGCCGGAAAAGCCUGAUAUAAAUAGGCGUCAGCAGGCCAAAGAUAGACCCAAACCGUAUACUAAGCAAAAUCCUCGAAGGAGAGAUCAUCAAUACAAACCGAGAUCCUCAGAUGAACUAGAUCCGUUAGAUCCAUCGAGCUACUCCGAUGCUCCUAGGGGAAAUUGGUCAAGUGGAAUAAAAGCGGAAGGCAAAGCAAAAACUGGCGUUGAUGAAACUGCCAAUGGACCACUUUUUCAACAAAGACCAUAUCCAUCGCCUGGACAAAUUUUAAAAAUGAAAAAGAAGUAA